UUGCCUGUUUUUAUCAUUGAUAUUUUGAUUUUUUACAAAUAAAUGAUUUACUACUAUUCUCAAGUAAAAAAACAGAGAAUCUUGAAUGUUUGGUCCGUGCAAGACACGUGCUCUCUGGUGUGUGUUGAGUUCAUGCUGCAUCAUUGUCAGGAGUUUGAGUUAGGUAUAGUUGAUCUCAGUUUAACUGAAACUAACCAUGGUUAAAGUUAAAGAGAACGGUGUUGGCGUUGGGUUUCGGUUUCACUGUUUUUGUAUUGCUCUUGCUAUCACUCAUCACUCAUCACUCAACCACAAUAGCAUUGCACUCGUUCAACGGCUAACGCUUUACGAAAGCGAGAGAAAUAAGAAUCAAAUGCUUUGAACAAAGACGUCCCAUUUAUUGUUUCACACAUAAUAAAAGAGAGAAGAAAAAUCCCAACAAAUGAGAAUUCGCAUUAACUAAAAACAAAGCAAAAGUUCCAUUAUUUGAGAUAGGCUACUACCUGCCAUAGUCACAAAGAGAAAGGAAGAGGAGGGAGAGAAUCUUUUGUUGCUAUCUUAGUUCAUUCUCUUUUUUUUGUUUUUCUUUCUCAUAACCUUCAAAGGUAAGUUCUUUCUUCUUAUCUUCUUCACUGCAAUAAUGUUUUUUUUUUCUCCCUUUCUUUCUUGGUCUAGCUUCUUAUUGCAUGCCACUAUCUGCUCUACUUUUUACUUGACUUCCCACUUACUUGGUUCUUUUUAUCAUUGCAUUUUUUCACUGCCUAAGUUGCUUCUUUCUUAUCUUCUCUUUGUAUAAAGUUUUAAUUUUUAUGGAUUUGAAGAUGGGUUGAUUAUACAUUCUGAUAUUUUUCAACUACUUGUUUUGAUCAGCCUAGCUAUGUGUUAGUUGGGUAUCUGGGUUUGACGCUGAUUAGAAUCUAGAGACUUCUUUCAACUAGUUACAGAAAGAGGAUCAACUUGGUCGUCUGCAAUUAUCAGAGACAACAAGGGUUUUUUAUCAUUUUUUGUCAUGGUUUCGAGGUCUUAUUCUAACCUCUUGGACCUUGCUUCUGGUGAUUCCCCAAAUUUUGGGCGAGAGAGAAAGAGGUUUCCUCGAGUGGCUACUGUCCCUGGACUCUUGUCUGAGGUAGAUGAUGAUAACUGCAACAGUGUUGGCUCUGAUGCUCCUUCUAUUUCUCAAGAACGGAUGAUUAUUGUGGGAAACCAGCUUCCGCUCCGAGCACAUCGAAAUGCUGAUGAUGGAGAGUGGUCCUUCAGCUGGGAUGAAGAUUCACUUCUUUUGCAACUCAAAGAUGGCCUUGGAGAAGAUGUAGAAGUAAUCUAUGUCGGUUGUCUUAAAGAGGAGGUUGCUCCUAACGAACAAGAUGAUGUGGCCCAAACAUUGCUUGAAACUUUCAAAUGUGUCCCUGCGUUCCUCCCUCCUGAGCUUUUAAGUAAGUUCUAUCAUGGAUUCUGUAAACAACAUCUGUGGCCUUUAUUUCACUACAUGCUUCCUCUAUCACCAGAUCUUGGUGGUCGGUUUGAUCGCUCCCUUUGGCAAGCUUAUGUUUCUGUGAACAAGAUUUUUGCUGACAAAGUGAUGGAAGUGAUAAGCCCUGAUGAUGAUUAUGUGUGGGUUCAUGACUAUCAUUUGAUGGUUUUACCGACAUUUUUGAGGAAGAGGUUUAAUAGAGUGAAGCUUGGGUUCUUCCUCCAUAGCCCAUUUCCAUCAUCUGAAAUAUAUAGAACACUUCCUGUAAGAGAUGAGCUUCUAAGAGCAUUACUCAACUCUGACCUCAUUGGGUUUCAUACUUUUGAUUACGCCAGGCACUUCCUCUCGUGUUGUAGCAGAAUGCUUGGUCUUUCUUAUCAAUCAAAGCGUGGCUACAUAGGACUUGAAUAUUAUGGUCGCACAGUGAGCAUUAAAAUCCUUCCAGUUGGGAUUCAUAUAGGACAACUCCAAUCUGUGCUGAAUCUUCCUGAGACUGAAGCUAAAGUGGCUGAGUUACGCAAUCAAUUUAGGGGUCAAACUGUUGUGCUUGGGGUUGAUGACAUGGACAUCUUUAAGGGAAUCAGCCUCAAGCUUUUGGCUAUGGAACAAUUGCUCAUACAACAUCCUGAGAAUACAGGUGAAGUUGUUUUGGUUCAAAUUGCAAAUCCUGCCAGAGGCCGAGGAAGAGAUGUACAGGAGGUCCAGUCUGAAACUUAUGCUACAGUGAAGAGGAUUAAUAAUAUGUUUGGAAGACCAGGAUAUGAUCCGGUGGUUUUGAUUGAUACCCCACUCCAGUUUUAUGAGCGACUUGCUUAUUAUGUUAUUGCUGAGUGUUGUCUGGUUACAGCAGUGAGGGAUGGGAUGAAUCUUAUACCAUAUGAGUAUAUUAUAUGCCGACAAGGAAAUGAAAAGCUAGAUGAGACCCUGGGGCUAAAUCCAUUGGCACCAAAAAAGAGCAUGCUGGUUGUUUCUGAAUUUAUUGGAUGCUCACCAUCCCUUAGUGGGGCAAUUCGAGUAAAUCCAUGGAACAUUGAUGCUGUGGCUGAGGCUAUGGAUUCUGCACUAGUUGUCUCUGAGGCAGAAAAGCAAUUGCGCCAUGAGAAGCACUACAGGUAUGUACUCACGCAUGAUGUUGCGUAUUGGGCACGCAGCUUUUUGCAGGAUCUUGAGAGGGCAUGUGGGGAUCAUUUGAGGAGGAGGUGCUGGGGAAUUGGUUUUGGUUUAGGGUUCCGGGUAAUAGCUUUGGAUCCAAAUUUUAGGAAGCUUUCUGUUGAGCAUAUUGUUUCAGCUUACAAGAGAACCAAAAACCGAGCAAUUCUUCUGGAUUAUGAUGGCACCUUGAUGCCAAAUGAUUCAUUAAGUACUACUCCCAAUAUAGAGGCUGUUGGAAUUUUGAACAAUCUGUGCAAAGAUCCCAAGAAUUUUGUUUUCCUUGUUAGUGGAAAAGAUAGAAAGACUCUAACUGAAUGGUUUUCCUGUUGUGAAAAGCUUGGGAUUGCUGCAGAGAAUGGUUAUUUUAUCAGGCCAAAUCGUGACGCAGAUUGGGAAACUUGUAUCUCUGUGCCGGACUUUGAUUGGAAGCAGAUUGCUGAGCCCGUGAUGAAAUUAUACACUGAAACAACAGAUGGUUCUGCCAUUGAGACUAAAGAGAGUGCUCUUGUCUGGAAUUACCUGUAUGCUGAUCCUGAUUUUGGAUUUUGCCAGGCUAAGGAGCUUUUAGAUCACCUUGAAAGUGUUCUUGCUAAUGAGCCAGUUUCUGUUAAGAGCGGCCAGCACAUUGUAGAAGUUAAACCUCAGGGUGUGAACAAGGGUCUUGUUGCUGAACAUCUUCUCAUGACAAUGCAACGAAAAGGAAAGCUUCCAGAUUUUGUUCUUUGUAUUGGGGAUGACCGGUCAGAUGAGGACAUGUUCGAGGUGAUCAUGCGAGCAAGGACGGGUCCCUCUCUCUCCCCAGUUGCUGAGGUGUUUCCUUGCUCUGUAGGGCAGAAACCUAGCAAGGCCAAGUACUAUGUUGAAGACAGAGCUGAGAUUUUGAGAAUGCUGCAGGGUCUAGCCAAUGCUUCCGAACAGGCGGUAAAGAGCACUCCCCAGGCUUCUCACCGAGUGAUUAUUGACUGAGAGUGAUAAGCUUCAGUCUUAUGUCAUCCUACAAGAGGUCAUAACAAAGUGCACGUUGGAUUUUUCAGUUAGUAAGAUUUUCAAAUCUUGGGAUAGUAGAAUUUUCUAGUAGAGCAUGAAGUAUGGAGCUUCUGGUCUGUGCCUAUCUGUCACAUAAAUGAUGAAUUUUUUCCAAUACCUGUUGCAUUGUAAUUGAGCUUCUAUUGUGAGUAGAUAUAUUCUUCUCUUGUGUCUGUGUGGGUGUGUGUUUUUCCGAUUCUUAUGUCGUCUGAACCAUGAAUUUUUGUCCUUGAUGUAAUUGUCAAACUGAUUCUCUCAAGUAUCGGCCCAAUGCUAGCUGCCAUCUGAAGGCAAGGCUCCCCUACAUAGGCUAGUUCUUCGUGGACACAGCUGUGGCCUAAGCUCAAAGCUGGGCCAGUUUCCUAUGCCACUGGUCUGAGCUUUAUCCAUUGUUAAGAAUGGACUCGAGAAUCUCGAACAAAGAAUUCCUCACUCAAUAAACAAACUACAUGU